CCCGGGCGGCUUCAAGCGGCUUGUUUGCGUGUGGAUUGCUACAUCACUGGGGCGGUGCAGUGCUUUUCAAGAGGCUGAACCGGGCGGAGGUCCAGCGGCGCGGUGAUUGACUGAGCGCAGAGCUUUGCAAUCAACAGAGCUGUGUAGAUCUCUCUCUCUCUCUGCUUGAGCUAGACAGUCUCUCACUACUCGAUACGGCGCUGAGAAUUUCACACCAAAAAGUACAGCGCUCUCUCUCUCUCUCCCCGGACUUCUGUCUCCAGUCCAGACGCACCGUUUGGGAGACAUUUUGUGGACUGACUGGGAAUGUCGUCCAAAACCGACGACAGUGCUUGACACAGAACCUGGAUGAAGGAAGGAAUUUGUAAUAUUUGAAGGAUCCAUUCCAAAACAAAAUGUUCUGAUCAGCAUGCAAAUAUAUAUUUAGCCUGAGAAGUUAGAUUUGCCAGUUGGAUGAAAACCAUUUGGACCGAAGCUGCUCCGUGCGCGUAAGCAACAACAACCAACAGAACGCACCAUUUACAAUUCAUCAUAACAAGUCGCGCUGUAUUAGAAUGAGGAACGUUCAGUGGAGCAACCCAGUCCAAUGCAUCCGCAGUGGAAAAGUCGGACAGAAACGUGCGGACUCAGAAACAGGUGACGAGCCGAUGUCCAAAUGCGCUAGGUUGAUCGAGUGUAUGGGUGACGUGGGGCUCCUCGGUAGCUCGCCGGGGUCCCCUGUUUCCCCGGUCCUCUUGAGCGGCUCCCCUACCCAUCAAGGCCCGUCUCGGAUUGACCAGUUUCUGCUCCUACAUAAUGCUGACAGGGACAGGAUGCACAGCGCACUCAACAUUGACACGGGAGACGCGAUGGUGUGCAAGGUGUUUGACAUGGGUCUGUACCAGGAGAAGAUCCGGGCGUACCGCAUCCUGCCAGUCCACAGGAACAUCAGCCGUAUCCGAGACAUUGUGCUGGGAGAGCGCUGGGCUUACGUCUUCCUAGAGAAGGACCACGGGGACAUGCACGCCUUCGUUAAGAGCUGCAAGCGUUUGGACGAGGAGCGGGCAGCACAGCUCUUUCACCAGGUGGCGUCGGCCGUGGCACACUGCCACCAGCAUGGCGUCGUAUUAGGAGACCUGAAGCUACGCAAGUUUGUCUUCUCCGACAGGAAAAGGACCCAUGUGAAGCUGGAAGGUCUGGAGGACUGCAGGGUUCUAGAAGGAGAUGAUGACUCCAUGUCAGACACCCACGGCUGCCCAGCCUACGUCAGCCCGGAGAUCCUGAACGGCUCCAGCUCCUAUUCCGGGAAGCAGGCGGACGUCUGGUCCCUAGGGGUGAUGCUCUACACUAUACUGGUGGGACGCUACCCUUUCCACGACCCAGACCCAGCUACCCUCUUCUCCAAGAUCCGACGGGGCCAGUGCUGCCUUCCCGAGGUCCUCUCUCCCCGGGCAAAGUGCCUGCUGCGAUCCCUGCUGAGGAAAGAACCAUGGGACAGACUGACUGCUGCCGAGGUGCUUAUCCAUCCGUGGUUCCACACCACCACCGCCAACGUACAGGAAACAGGUGUCAGUGAACAGGAAGUGGAUUUGUCCGAACAGACAGUGCCUUCCUGUGACGUGGAAGAGAAGGAUGAUCUGUUCUGUUGAUCGAUGGGACGAAUCACUGUGACUCACUCAACCCCUCGAGUGGAAUCGGAGCAGAAAUAUGUUCAAGAGGGUUUUUAUUUUAUGGCACAUUUGAGAACGUUAUUUUUGUUACGGUUGUAUACUUUGCUGACACAAGCUUUUAACUCAAACCUUUAUUUAACUAGGCAAGCAAGUUAAGAAAAAAUUCUUAUUUACAAUGGCGGCCUAGGAACAGUGGGUUAACUGCCUUGUUCAGGGGGCAAAACGACAGAUUCGUAACUUGUCAGCUCGGGGAUUCGAACUUGCAACCUUUCGGUUACUAGUCCAACGCUCUAACCACUAGGCUACCUGCCUCCCCCCUCUAACCACUAGGCUACCUGCCUCCCCCCUCUAACCACUAGGCUACCUGCCCCCCCCUCUAACCACUAGGCUACGCUGCCGCCCCAAUGUUAGAAUAAGGGCGUUGUUUAAAGUACACCACCAUCAUUGUCCGUUGUGUGUGUUCACAAAAAGUACUAAAAACCACGUAGUUUAUUAGAGUUUAUUAGAGUUUAUUAGAAUAGAUUAGAGUUUAUUAGAAUAGAUUAGAGUUUAUUAGAGUUUAUUAGAAUAGAUUAGAGUAGAUUAGAGUUUAUUAGAGUUUAUUAGAAUAGAUGAGAGUUUAUUAGAGUUUAUUAGAAUAGAUGAGAGUUUAUUAGAGUUUAUUAGAAUAGAUUAGAGUUUAUUAGAGUUUAUUAGAGUUUAUUAGAGUUUAUUAGAGUAGAUUAGAGUUUAUUAGAGUUUAUUAGAAUAGAUGAGAGUUUAUUAGAGU